AUGGCUGCGCCGCCGCCUCCUCCACCGUCUCGAGGCCUCUCCCUCUACGAGAACCUCCACGACCCCAACGACCCAGCACCGUCCGCGACCAUCUCCUCCGGUCCAGUCCUCUACAACCAAGACGGCGCCGCCGCCGCACCCGUGAAGAAGCCCAUUGACCCUGCGCUGCGCUUCCAGCCCACGCGGCGCCCUCAACCCACCAAGCCCAAAGCCAAAGCUACGGCAGCAGCAACCUUUCCCAAAUCCAUUGCCAGACCUGCUGCUGCUGCUGCUGCUGCUGCUCAUCCGACACAAGCUGCACCUCCUCCCACCGCCGACGCCUCUGCAGCGCCGCCCGCCUCCAAAAGCACGCUCGCAGACUGGGCCGCGACCGAAGACGACGAAUGGCUCUACGGCACCGGCGAGAAGCGCCAGCGCGGCGGGCGCAAGGCGAAGAAGAAGCGCCAGCAGCAGCAGCAGCAGAUGGAGACGGACUGGGACGACGUGUAUGACCCGUCGCGGCCGACCAAUGUCGACGAGUACCUGCGCAGCGACGAAAAGGUCGACGAGGUGCGCGAGUGGAAGGCGUUGCUGUACCGGCACCGCAAGGGCAAGGCGCCAGAGAGCGACCUGUCGUCGGAUGAUGACGAAGGCGAAAGAGCCGGCAUGCGCCCGAAAAAUCAAUUCGCUCCUCCGCCAUCAUACGCCGCCGUUCCCCCACCACCAGCCUCUCCUCCCACAACAUCCGCAGCACCUCCUCCUCCUCCUCCCAGCGAUGCCUCCGGCGACGACGCAUACGCCCGACGCAUCGCCCUGUCCUCCUCCCAACCACCUACCUCAUCCACCACAAUUUCCGCCGCCCCCGUCCUCUACAACACCACCACCGCCCAAGAACCAGCACGACGCUCCUCCUCACCUUCGCCGCCGCGCUCCUCCCGUCCCGGUCAGGCCGGCUUCGCCCACCGCCUCAUGUCCAAGUACGGCUGGGAGUCGGGCCGCGGCCUCGGCGCCGACUCGUCGGGCAUCGUCAACCCCCUCCGGGUGCAGGUCGAGAAGCGCCGCAAGAAAGCCGACGCCGACGGCGGCGGCUGGGCCGAGCCCGCCAACAAGGGCAAAAUCAUCGGCGGCGGGAAAAGAAAGGAUGCCGCGGGCAACGAGGAGCAAGGGCUGAGCGACGUGAUUGUGCUGCUGAACAUGCUGGAUAAUAUGCCGGACCUGGCGGCGGAAGUGGAAGAUGGCCUGGGGCAGGAGAUUGGCGAAGAAUGCGGCGAAAAGUAUGGCCGCGUGGAACGAGUCUACAUAGACACGGUGACACAACGAGUCUUUAUCAAGUUUACAGACCAAAUAUCAGCAUUGAGGGCUGUAAGUGAAUUGCAAGGUCGCGUUUUCAAUGGAAACACAAUCACGCCAAGAUAUUAUAAUAGCGAUGCCUUUGACAGGAGCGUGUACACCAAAUAG